AUGUCUGCCAAAAUCUAUUACGACACAGACGCAGACCUAGGUCUUCUCAACGGAAAGACAAUAGUAUUCCUUGGCUUUGGCAACCAGGGUGCAGCGCAGGCGCAGAACCUGAGGGAUAGUGGUAUACCAAACGACAAGAUCUUGAUUGCCAACCGCGAAGACGCCUACGCAGAAGAUGCCAAGUCGAAGGGCUUCACUGUCGAGCACGACUUUGCGAAAGCUGCUUCCGUCGCCGAUGUGUUGUUCCUUCUUAUCCCUGAUCAAGUUCAGCCGCGCGUUUACAACGGCCAAGUAGCGCCUACACUGAAAGCGAAUGCCACCAUCGUUGUUGCCAGUGGCUACAACGUCUUUUACCAGCUCCUCGAAUUCAAACCGACGCAAGAUGUCGUUAUGGUUGCACCCAGGAUGAUUGGCUCUUCCGUUCGUUCAUUGUACGAAAAAGGCAAGGGAUUUCCCUGUUUCGUAUCGGUAGAGCAAGAUGGUACGGGUAGCGGACUGGCCACUGCCCUAGCCUUGUCUAAGGCCAUUGGCGCCACCAAGGCUGGUGCCAUUGCAUCCUCUGUCAGGGAGGAAACGGCGAUGGACUUGUUCGCAGAGCAAGCAUUGUGGCCCCAGAUAAUCAUGCUAUUCCGUGAGGCUUUCAGUGUUCUCAAAGAAGCCGGUUGCUCUGAUGAGGCUCUGUGUUAUGAAAUGUGGAUGUCUAAAGAACCAGCCGAGAUCUUUGAGCGAGCUGCAGAAGAAGGGUUUAUCAAACAGCUGAAGCACCAUUCGUCCGUCUCGCAAUUCGGGCAGCUCAGUGGUGCCCUUGCACUCGACGGUAAAGACGCUAGGGAGCACUUCAAGAACAUUCUGUAUAACCAAGUACUGAACGGGAAGUUUUGUAAGGAGUUCUCGAAGAUUGAAGCCGAUCUUGAGAAAGAAGGGGCUGAGAAUCCAUUGAAUGAGCUCUACCGCAAGUCCGAGGAAUCUGAACUCGGUCAGGCAGAGAAACGGGUUCGUCAAAGGGACAAGUCGGGCAGAGACAGACGGAGAGAUAGAGUCGAUCCUGAAGAAAGACGCAAACGCAGUCGCAGUCGCGACAAAUAUCGUGAUAGGUCGAGGGACAAGUCACACAGAGAUAGAGACAGGGAAAGAGACAGAGACAGGGAUAGAGAUAGAGACAGGCGAAGAGAGAGAGACGUAGACCGCGACCGCCCCCGUGAAAGAGAAAGAGAUGGUCGUAGGGACAGAGACAGGGACCGCGCUAGGGAAGACCGCGACCGGCGACGCAAGCGGGGCGACGAAGUCGACGGCUUUGAUGAUAAUAAGGAGUUCGACGAAAGGACCAGCAAGCGUCUGAAAUCUGACGACGGAGACGUGAAAAUGGACGACGUUCCUCCACCACCUCCACCAGUAGGUGGACCUCCUCCAGAACCAAGCGGUAGCCCUCGGCCCAGAUCCCCAGACCACGAUCGCCGAACCCGCUCUCGUGAUCACGAGCGCAACGGCGGUGAUAGGCGGCGUCGCGAUGACUUCGAGGACUCUCCUCGCUACGGACGGAACAGACGUCGGGACGACGAGUUCCAUUCUCCUCCUCCUCGCAGGGGUUCAAUGCGAAAGAGUUCGCCACCUCCGUUCAAAAGACCUUCGCCAACUUACGAGCCUCCUCCUCAGGAGGACUACAAUCCUGAUGAACCGAAAGAAGACGAUUCAGAAGCUCGGUCUGUGUUCGUUUCACAGCUUGCUGCCCGCCUUACUGCCCGUGACCUGGGCUACUUUUUCGAAGACAAACUUGGAGAAGGAACUGUCAUGGAUGCUCGCAUUGUUACUGACCGGCUCUCUCGGCGGUCCAAAGGCAUCGGUUAUGUUGAAUUCCGUACUAUCGAGUUAGUAGAGAAAGCCCUUUCUCUUUCAGGUACUGUCGUUAUGGGAUUGCCCAUCAUGGUACAGCUCACUGAAGCGGAGAGAAACCGACUUCAUCCUGGAGAUGGAAAUCUCAAUCUGCCUCCUGGCGUCAGCGCACCGCACGGUGCAAUGCAACUUUAUGUUGGCUCGCUGCACUUCAAUCUCACCGAAUCAGACAUUAAGCAGGUUUUCGAACCCUUUGGUGAAUUAGAGUUUGUCGACCUUCACAGAGACCCAAUGACAGGGCGAAGCAAAGGAUACGCAUUCGUCCAGUACAAACGUGCGGAAGAUGCCAAAAUGGCGUUGGAACAAAUGGAAGGUUUCGAACUGGCUGGGCGUACACUUCGUGUCAACACUGUUCAUGAGAAAGGCACUGCUAAAUAUACGCAACAAGAUACACUAGAGGAAUCCGGCGGUAACUUGAAUGCAGCGUCCCGCCAGGCACUAAUGCAGAAACUUGCUAGGAUUGAGCCCGCCCCCGUUGCUCCUACAGUCGUUAAACCCAAUAUUCCUCAAGCAAUGCAGUCGAAGUCCGUCCUCCUAAAGAACAUGUUCGAUCCCGAAGAAGAAACUGAACGCGACUGGGACAAGGACUUGGCGGAGGACGUCAAAGGUGAAUGCGAGGAGAAAUACGGCAAGGUCGAAGCUAUUAAAGUUGAGAAGGAGACCCAGGGCGAAAUCUACGUCAAGUUCGACUCUAUAGAUUCGGCCAAAAAUGCUAUUCAAGGUCUAAACGGCCGCUGGUUUGGCGGCAAGCAAGUUUCCGCUACCUUCAUAUCGGACGCCAUCAUGCAAGCUCAUCAGUAA